CACUCCUGCUUCAGGUGAAGCAGCACGCGUUGGGUUUCUAAAGAGGAAGAGCCGGAGCAUGUGACUUUUAACGUUACCUCAUAAAUAUCAACCAGGAAAACCAGGCGGGGUGGCUCCAGCGCAGAAGCGGCGAUGAGUCCGACUGAUCGAGGAAUGAUGUUGGGCAGCCUGCUGUUCGUCUCCCUGUGGGUCGGGGCAGCAGCCAUGUUUGACAGCAGGCUGGACGUCCACUGGGAUCUGUGGAAGAAGACACACGAGAAGAAGUACCAAAAUGAGGUGGAGGAUGUGCGCCGCAGGGAAUUAUGGGAGAAGAACUUGAUGCUCAUUACCAUACACAACCUGGAGGCCUCGAUGGGGCUUCACACCUACGAUCUGAGCAUGAACCACAUGGGAGACAUGACAACAGAGGAGAUCCUGCAGUAUUUUGCCACGUUCAGUCCUCCCACUGACAUCCAGAGGGCACCAUCUCCCUUUGCUGGGACUUCAGGCGCUGAUGUACCAGACACCAUGGACUGGAGAGAGAAGGGCUGUGUCACCAGCGUCAAGAUGCAGGGUUCUUGUGGCUCCUGCUGGGCCUUCAGUGCCGCAGGGGCCUUGGAGGGCCAGUUGGCCAAGACAACGGGGAAACUGGUGGACCUCAGCCCCCAAAACCUGGUGGACUGUUCAGGCAAAUAUGGCAACCAUGGCUGCAAUGGUGGCUACAUGCACAGAGCCUUCCAGUACAUCAUCGACAACCAGGGCAUCGACUCCGAUGCUUCAUACCCCUACAUAGGACAGUCACAACAGUGCCGCUACAACCCCAUGUACCGCGCCGCCAACUGCUCCCAGUACAGCUUCCUGCCCGAGGGGGACGAGGGGGAUCUGAAGCAGGCGCUCGCCACCAUCGGACCCAUUUCAGUAGGGAUUGAUGCCACACGGCCCAGAUUUACUUUCUACAGGAGUGGUGUGUACGAUGACCCGACCUGCACCCAGAAGGUGAACCAUGCGGUGUUAGCUGUGGGCUACGGCACCCUGAACGGACAAGACUACUGGCUGGUAAAGAACAGCUGGGGAACUACAUUUGGAGACCAGGGAUACAUCCGGAUGGCACGCAACAAGAACAACCAGUGCGGCAUUGCUCUGUUCGCCUGCUACCCCAUCAUAUAGCUGCAGAGGGAACUGAACUGAAUGUGUUGCAAAAAUAAGUUCCUUCUUUGUUUUAUGUAUACAGUAUUUUUACAGUUUAAAUUCACAUUGAUUAUAACAUUCAUCUGCUUUGUUCUUGAAAUUCCUUUUAAUGCACCUUUUACGACGAAAAAUGGCAAGUCUUUAUAUACUACUGUUAACAUCAUUGAACCUGUCUUGUAAGAUUGUGUGCUUGUAUGUGUGUGUGUUUGAAUCUGUAAUAAAGAGACAGAUGUACUCCUU